UGUUUUACUCACUCCUGUUACUUUAGUAACCAGAAACCAAACAAUUGAGUGAACUGUUUUGGGGAGAACUUCUCUCGGAUUGCUCGAAAAUGGCUCAAAGUCAACUGGAUGAUUAUUUCAGACAGGUUUUCGAGGAGAGCAUUUUGGAUUUACCGGUGCAUAAGCAGAGCUUGACGAGCAACGCCAUGAGAUUUCUGGACAAAAGACAAGAAAUAGAUGCCGUGGAUGCGUCCUUGCAGUCCAAGCGCAACGAAUUCAAGGUAGCCUGCGAACAAAUUAGGCAAAGGCGAGACAAGCUGAGUAACAACGAAGGGAAGGCAAAGGAGGCACUGUUCAAAUUCGACAAGUUCAUCACAGAAAACGACGCGAAAAGAUCCCGAGGCAAGAAAAAAGCUGACUUGCAAAAAGUGAUGGUCGCCCAGAAAGAACAAGAACUAGACGAUUUGAAAAGAGAGUACCGCACCUUGCUUUCCAGAAGAGAGAAACUUAGUUGCAGAGUAACAAAGUCAACCGUGUAUCAUGCGUUUCUAACGAAACUUACGCACAUGUCAAAAAAAUUCGAGGACAUCGCCCAGGUAAUUGCUCGCUUCGACACCCUUCUGGCCACUCGGGACCAGUUGCUGGAGCAAGGGACGCGAGCAGACAGCCAAGCGGAGCGACAACACGUCGAGCUGAGGCGCUACGUCAGUCACCAGAGCUCCCUCCUGCUGCAGCUGAACAACGCGCUGUCCAAACUGCAGACCGAACUGGACGCCGUCUUUUCCCGCGGCGGCAAGCUGGAGUACGCCUGGAACAGCAUCCAGUCCACAGCGGCCAGGGAGACUCUGAUGCUGGGUCAAGUGAAGUUUGGCAUUUUGAACCUGUUCCACACCGCCGUGCAGCGACUGGAGAUGACGAUGAUGUGCCAUUAGAGGACAGCAUAAAGCAACUGGAGAAGAUUCAUCUUUUUAUUCAGGACUUAGUCGACAUC